UGCUUCUGGCUACGCCCAUGCUUUCGUCGGGCAGCAAAACAAAGUCAGCUGUUUUUAUAUCAACGUUUGUUUUUCUCGCAAAAAUGCUGCGAAAUGCAUUAGCAAGCGGCAAGCUGAGACAUUUGCUAUCCUGUCCUAUCGUGCGAAAUUCGACAAGAAGCAGCAGUACAGCAAAGCCACUGGAUGCCGGCACCCAAAAGGAAGUGGGGCACCAUGAGAAUUACGCCUCGGAGUGGUGGAAUCAAAAUGGAACCAUGGGAGCUCUACAUGCCCUAAAUGAGAUUAGGGUUCCCUUUAUCAGAGAUGGCAUCGUUUCGCGUGGCAAUGUGAAGCCAGGUUACGUAAAUACCACCAAGGUGUUGUUGGGUCAAAGUAUUCUGGAGGUCGGAUGUGGCGGAGGAUUGCUUACGGAACACUUGGCGCGCCUGGGUGCCAGGGUGACUGGCAUAGAUCUCGGCGAGAAGUUAAUAGAGGUUGCUCGCGAGCAUCUCAAAUGCUCCAGUCCGGAGUUGGCCAGCAAUGUGGUGUACAAAAUGGAGCCCGUGGAUCAGCAUGCCAAGGCCAAUUGCGAAUGCUAUGAUGCGGUGAUAGUGUCUGAAGUUCUGGAGCACGUUAACGAUAAAGUGUCCCUGCUGGAGGCCAGUGUACGCAGCCUAAAGCCUGGAGGAUCCAUCUUCAUCACCACUCUGAACAAAACCAUACCUAGUUGGUUCGGCGGCGUGUUACUCAGCGAGUAUGUUCUGAAUCUGGUGCCCAGGGGAACGCACCACUGGGACAAAAUGAUUUCGCCCUUGGACGUUCAGCGCAUAUUGGAUACGAUGAACUGUCAGACGGUGUUGGUAAAUGGAAGCACCUACGAUUUUUGGAGCAACACCUGGCGAUGGAUCAACAACAACCAAAUGUGCUACGCCUUGCAGGCGGUGAAACAAGCACAGCGCGGGUACAAUUGAAUUCGUAUUUUUAUUUAAAUAAAAACUAAGUCACGAGUGUAAUAACUAAGUAGUAAA